GCUCUGACACUGCCGUGCUCCCGCCCAGAGCGCAGAGGUGUGCGGUCGCUGCUGCUGGAAGGAGUCCACCCUGGUCAGGUAGAAUCAUCCAGCGCGGGUUGGAGGGGGAGAGAGGCAGAGCCGCUGCAUGCCAUGGCGAGAAACGGCAGCGUGUGUUCGGCCGCGCGGAGCCAGCUGCAGGACUCCUCUGAGUCGGACUCGGAACCGGAGGGGGGUCCUGCUCGUCCGACUGGAGUCGAACCCGCGCCCGGCUCUUUCGCCCGCACCCAGGUGAUCCACAGCGGACACUUCAUGGUGUCGUCGCCGCACAGCGACUCUGCGGCGCGCCGCAGGAAGAGCGGCGGCUCGCUGCGGUACGACUUCGACACGGUGAACAGGACGUGGUGCCAGACCUACCGGUACCACUCCGGGAGCCUGAGCAUCGACCCCACUCUCACCCGGCUGUUCGAGUGCAUGUCUCUGGCUUACAGUGGGAAAAUAGUCUCUCCCAAAUGGAAGUCGUUCAAGGGCCUGCGCUUGCUUUGGAGGGAUAAGAUCCGUCUGAACAACGCAAUAUGGAGAGCAUGGUUCAUUCAGUAUGUGGAGAAGAGGAAGAACCCGGUGUGCGGGUUCGUCACGCCGCUGGAAGGCUCAGAGGCAGAAGCUCACCGAAAGCCUGAGGCAAUCAUUUUGGAGGGCAGCUACUGGAAGAGGAGGAUUGAAGUGGUGAUUAAGGAGUACCACAAGUGGAGGAUUUAUUACAAGAAAAGGCUUCAGAAGAAAAAGGAUGACAUCCUGUCGAUGCUGCAGGAGGGGCAGACCUGCCAGGCCAAGCUGGACAGAUGGUCCAGUCACUCCUACCAGCAACCUGAAGUCGCCCCUGUAGAGGCCCACAUGUUUGACCUGGACUGCCUUCUGUCCGACAUCUCCGACACGCUUUUCACCAUGACCCAGAAACCCUGUCCCUGGACCAGCGACAGACACAACACAUACACAAGCAAUGCUGACAUGAUCCAGCCGGGCCUGACGCCACUGCAGCCCAGUAUGGAUGACUUCAUGGACAUCCCAGGUACUCCCUUCUUAUUCCUCUGUUUAUGCGGCGAUUUAUUUGUUUGCCAGCAAAUCUCCGUGCAACCGCAACAUGUGAUGUCUUAGUGUUUAAUAUUACCUGUUGUUGUUUUUCUUGAAGCUGGUUAGGUAAGGGUCUUAUCAGUUUGACAAAUCUAGACCGUAGGUGUCCAAAGUGCAGGUCCACAGGCCAUUUUCAGCACCUGGGGGGAUUUUGUGUGGCCUCCCACUGCAGUUCAAGAACGGUACAAAUCUGGAUGGUGGCCACAGAGCUUUUUUUAAAAAUAAUUUUUACAUUUUUAAAGACAUUUCCCUGACAAAAUAAAACCAUUUUUAAAACCGAAAAUGUUUCAGCAUGAAGUGUUGCUCCUUAUUUUAUCACACCUUCUGAUGCCAUCAUAGUUUUGUAGUAAGCUGGACCACAAGCGUCCAGUGAAUUUUACUCAAAAUCAGACUUGGUCAGCCGUUUGUUAAACCUACGUAAAUACUUUCAAAGACAGAGUGACCCAAAUCCGGUUGCUAUUUCUGACGAUAGCCUAAAAAUAGAAAGCAAUCAAUACGGCUAACAAAUGAAGGCGCUUUUCAUGUUGUGGAUCCAGAAUG